GCUCAGGUCGCCUUCAACAAUUCAUACCUAGACCUUUUUCUACUUCAACCAUCUCGGACUCGUAGGCUGAAGAUAUCGAAUUCAAGGGUGCACACCAAAUAGUGUUGGUCGCAACUUUGUAAAGAUGAAUAACGAACAAUUUCGUCGCCUCGUCUCUGCAAAUACUCCUAAGCCUUCAACGGACAACAAUGGCGCAUCGCCAGGUUCAGCUACUCCACGGGGAGUGUCUCUUGGAUCGAAACAAAAAUCAAGUAUACCCAUGACGCCUCGCUCAGUUGGCCUUCAUAAGUCCGAUUUCGCGCGACAGUUAGCAGAGCGAAGCCACGGCAACCACCAACAACAGAAGAAAUUCAAAUCCUACGACCCGAAAGGUAGCAAACUAGCAGAUGGAUAUGUCGAUCGUGCUCGUAACAGAACCUCAGAAGAAGAAGACGAACGAGCAGCGCGAAUGAAGGCAUUGGAAGAGGCUCUGAAGAAGGAAGAAAUCGACCAGGAAACUUACGACAAGCUACGAAGUCAAAUCGCUGGCGGCGACCUAUCUAGCACCCACUUAGUGAAAGGUCUCGACUUCAAACUCCUCGAACGAAUACGCAAGGGCGAAAAUGUUUACGGUGAAGGUGAUGCGAAAAAAGAAGAUUCAGAGUCAGAAGAUGACAUCGAUGAUGAACUGGAUCAAUUAGAAGAGAAGGAGAUUGCGGCGGUCGCGAAGGAGAAAACGAUAAAGAAGGGACAAUUAUCUACUGCGCCUUUGAAUCCAUCGAAAAAGCGAACGAGAGACCAGAUUCUAGCCGACAUGAAAGCUGCAAGAGAAGCUGCGAAAGCGAAAGAAGAGAGUAGUUUAGGAUCGCGAUUUAAAAAGAUUGGUGCGAAAACACCGGGCUCGAGGAUAGAGCGGGAUAGCAAAGGCAGAGAAGUGCUGAUAAUAGUGGAUGAGGACGGCCAUGAGAAGCGAAAGAUACGAAAGACACAGCCGACGACCGAAUCCGAGGAAAUAGCAUCAAGGCCGACGGAUAUGAUGAUGCCUGAUAAGAAUGCUAAACCUCUUGGCAUGGAAGUUCCGGGAUUUUACAGGAAACAGCAGGUAGAAAAGCCGGAAGAUGAAGAUGUUAAUAUUUUCGACGAUGUCGGUGAUGACUACGAUCCUUUUGCAGGGCUAGAAGAGGAUGAUUCUGAAGAUGGGGAAGCUACUGAGAAGAAAGCGCAACCUUCUGGAGCCGACAAGGAAGACAAGGCUGCAAUGCCACCUCCGCCUCCACCACCGACUACUACAGCAGAACCACGGAACUACUUCAAAGAUUCCAAGACGGGAUUGGUAUCAUCCGAAUCACUCAAGGCACCCUCUGUGUCCGAUCCGGCUAUACAAGCAGCCCUCAAGAAGGCAGCAUCGCUUAAUCCCAUAUCCAGACCAACAGAAGAAGAGGAUGCAGAAGCCAGAGCCAAAGCAGAGCGACUUAAGAAGAUGUUACAGAACAAUGACCGUGAUGCGGAAGAUAUGGAUAUGGGCUUUGGUACAAGUAGAUUCGAGGACGAAGAGGACUUUGAGGAUAAGAAAGUCAAGUUAUCAGAAUGGGGACGCGAGGGAGAUGAUAGUCAUGGCGGGGUAGGGGGCGGUUCUAAACGGAAGAGAGGACCUAAGAAACGAAAAGGUGAUGCUAAUAAUGCUGCGGAUGUGUUGCGAGUCAUCGAGAAACGACGAGCUGCUGAAUGAUUAUUACUCGACAAAGAUCCAGUCAGAGUUGCAAUAGUUCGUCACUAAGUAUAAUACUAAACAAUAACACAUUAUAUUAUGAGAACUA